CGGCUGUUGCGCCGGGCGCCUGCCCGCCCCCUCCGAGAUCGGCCCUCGCCGCUGGCAGCCUGCGUGCCCCGGCCUCUGCGUGAUCUGCUGCCGGGUUUAUCGAAGGGUGCAGCUGUAAUUCUUCAUAUUUCACUGGCGUUCUGAGUAGUUAUAAGUGGAUCUGUGGAAAUGCAAGGCACUCCAGGAGCAGGGAGCUAUGGUUUCCAGGGAUAUAUCAAGGGAGCCCCAGGUGGACCGCCUGUCCAGAAUCAGCCUCCUGGGAAUGAGGGGUCAAUCUGGAUGCCUGCCCCUCCUCCUCCUCCUCUCUACUGCCCUCCUGGACUAGAAUACCUGACCCAGAUUGAUCAGAUAUUAAUUCAUCAGCAGAUUGAACUUCUUGAGAUUGUUACUGGCUUUGAAACAAACAACAAAUAUGAAAUCAAGAAUACGUUGGGGCAAAGAGUUUACUUCGCAGCAGAGGACACCAACUGCUGUACCAGGAUUUGUUGUGGGCCGUCACGACCUUUCAGCAUCCGGAUUAUUGACAAUCUGGGCCGCGAGGUGAUAACUUUGCAGAGACCUCUCCGGUGUUCUUCGUGCUGUUUUCCUUGCUGCUUACAGGAGCUGGAAGUUCAGGCCCCUCCAGGAACACCAGUGGGUUAUGUUGUCCAGAACUGGCAUCCCUGCCUGCCUAAGUUUACCAUUCAAGAUGAGAAAAGAACGGAUAUACUGAAAAUUACUGGCCCGUGUAUUGUCUGCAGCUGUUGCAAGGAUAUUAAUUUUGAGGUGAAGUCCACUAAUGAAAGUUGUACUGUUGGGAGGAUUUCUAAACAGUGGACUGGACUUUUGAAAGAAGCAUUUACAGAUGCAGAUAAUUUUGGCAUCACAUUCCCCAUGGACCUUGAUGUAAAAAUGAAAGCUGUCGUAAUUGGUGCUUGCUUCCUUAUCGAUUUCAUGUUUUUCGAGCAUACUGGGGAUAAGCAACAGUGAACAGGAGCUUGGCAAUGAAAUCUAGAAUUUUUAAAUAAAAAGAAGAAGAAAAUAAGUUGCCUGACUUUCCAGUGGAUUACAAAGCUCCAAUGAGAAUGUGAGAAAUGUGGAUCUUGUUCCUGAAGUUAUAUUUCUGUAAUCUAAAAGCUGUAUGGUCUAACUUCUAUUUUUGUAAUCUUAAGAAAUUAUUUACAAUAUCCAAAUCAAAACCCUCUGUCUGUACAGAUCAAUAUUGUAAUUUAUAGAAAUAUAUAUCAUCCUUUUUCUAACGUAGUAGUUUUUUACACUUUUAUGGAAGUAUUCCUCUUUUUUAGGAAUUAAAAUAACUUUAUUCAAUAUUGAUAUAAGUAGUGAGCCUAACGACAAGGUGCUAAUCUUUGCUGUGGAUCCCUUUUUGGUAUUUUUGCCUCAGUGCACACAUUCUGAUAUUUACCACUUCUUAUCAAAUAUAUAUGUUCAAAAAUGUGAUCUAAAUGAGCUAUCCGAAAUCACUGUCAAAUUGUCUUCAUCUAGUGAUAAAUCUGCUGUCAAAUACGACUCCUUUAGUGCGACUUAGUCGCAUAGUUUUGUUUUGUUUUGUUUUUUUUCCUGAAACUUGAGACAAGAUUUUGAUUUUCACCAGCGGAAGUUCAGAGGAGACAGGAAAUACAAAUGCCUGCGGUGGCUUCUCCUUAAUAAUCCUUUAGUAAAUGCUUGGUGCAUGAGUAUGCUUUUCAUGAGGCAAGGAAAAAAUAGCUGCUUUUUUUUUUUUUUUUUUUUUUGUUUCUACAGUCCUCUCUACCUUUCAUUUAGUCUAUAGUUUUCAGAUUGCAAGUCUGUUUGGUGUGGGAGGGUCAGGAGUAAUAAACAAAGAAUUCCACUUCACAGACACAAGUGUGGAAUGGCAGGCCUAUUUCUUCUCAUUCAUAGCUUUGUGUUAAAUGUGCAAGCAAAUGGAUAAAUCUUCUGGUUCUUGCUUCAGCUUCAUGAAAGCAUGUGCAUAUAGUGAUUCUUGGGACCUUGCUAUGGGAAGAGGUCUUUGCCGAUGUUUUGAGUUGCGUUCUAAUUUACUAAACAUUUCUUUAGUCUAGUAUUUACAAUUUAUUGAUGGCUCCAGACCAGCCAAAAAGCAGAGGAAAAGGGUGUCAUUGCUGCUGUGUACUCCUUUUGAUGUUUUUAAGAAUUAGAAGCUUGUAACAAGUCUGUACAGUUCUAGAAGUCUUAAAUUGUAUGCUUUGUUAAAGUUAGUUUCUGCUUGCUAGAGACAAAAUCCUGUGAAUACAGGGCUUUUUAUAAUGGGAAUUGCUGGAAGUGCAUUUUUAUUAUUCAGCACUGUUCCUAGGGAAUUAAAUUAUUGUGAUUUUUGAAAACAUUGUGCUCUAUCAACUUGUUUCUAAUGCGGUAUUGGAAAUUCAGUCUUGCUCAAGUCAAAAUUACAGACAAAGUUUGAUUGCUUCAGCUAGGAAUAGAUGUGAUAGCCAUAGAAACCAAACCAGCAUACCUACAAGUAGAGCUGUAGGGUCUACUUAUACCUAAACCUGUCAGUGUUACUUUUUCUUCUAAGUGUUCACAUAGAAAAUGUAUGACAAUAGUAGAUGUGCCCUUUCAGUCCUAUCUGUAGGUUUGAAGUCCUAGGCUCUCAGACAUUCAAUGGCUACAGUUUCCAUAGAUAGCAGAAUUACUCUAACAUCUAUAUUCCAUUAAGAUUUUUUUGUUGAAGAUACCUGUUAAUAUCUGUUCAAUUCCAUGGCAGGUCCUGUAUAGAAUUUAAGCUUACUCUUGCAUACUUUUUCUGUUAGACUGAGGUCAGUCUGUGGCUGCUCGAAGAAUGCAUAAAAUAAUAUUUUCUAAGUAGACAAAAUGGGAUACCUUUGCCAGCGCUGAAAAGCAUCUUGCAUCGUAUGUUGAUCCCUUGACAACAAACUGGGGAGCGAAUGCCCAGGUAAACAAGGUAUGAAGAACUUGGGCAAAUGGUACAUGAACAGGAGCCUUUAUUUUCGUUACUUUCGUUAAGUAACAAAACCCCAUGUUUAUAUGUUGCUGCAAUUCAAUAUAAGCCGUAGAAGCGCCAUCACCCCAACCACCUUGUGUAAAAAAAUUAGGCACAAUCAUUCACAUACGUCUCUGUAGAGCAUAAGAGAAGAAUAUGGGAAUGCAAGCAGUUGUGAACAAUCAACUUCACAUCAAGGUGGGUAGGGGAAAAAUGUCUGGUUGUAGCUUCUGUAACUUAAGCAGAAUUACAGUCGCACGCUCUAACAAUUCUGGAAAGUGUUAUCCAAGUAAAGAGGUCUUGGCUUACAAAUCUGCUUCUCAAAUACAGUGAAACUCAAAAAUGAAGUUGCAAAAAUUGUGCUGUUGUCUAUUUG